AUGGUAACUCCUGUGCCUGUUGAUUUCCAGGCCAUGCUCGCCGAGGCUCGACGUGAGGCGGCGGAGAAAAGGCGGCAGCAAACCGGGGGUUUGCCUGCACAACCGUCCUCGUUGUCCAUUCCCGAGGAGAGACGACCGACGCAUCCGUCUCAGGUCGCUGACGCGGCUUCGCCUCCCGCUACGCGCCGUGCUGGCCUUCGACGUUUGACUUCAACUGACUGUUUCAAUCUGCUGCAAACGCCCUUGAGCGGUCAGGCUGCUGACCCUGUGCACGAACAACAGGCUACUCCGCAGGACACGGUUCGAAGACCUCUCCUCGUUGAUUUGCGAGACGAAGCGUUGUAUCGUGUGUGUCACGUCCGCCAAGCCGUUCAUGGAGCUGCCCUUCUGAGGGACCUCCGGAUGGCGCGCAGGCGAGAAACGCCGGGCCAACUCUCAAACGUUUCUCUCCCGGAAACGAUCGUUUUUCUUGCGUCUUCGCGCGAAGAGAAUGAAGUAUUCAAGAGUUUUUCCCAGGCGGCGGGUGUCCCCGAGGCAGGCGCGGGGCGACGGCUCGACGCGGGCCCCGGGGAAACGGAGGCGACGAACGGCGGAACCGUUUUGAAGGAACACGGAGAACAGUGGCUCUUGGGUUCCAUUCUCGAGGAAAUCCAAGUUCUGCUCGGAAAGACAGCUUCGCGUGCAGCCGCCUUUCCUGGAGAGACGCGAGACGGACUGCAGCUGCAACCGCAGAUCCGGGAAAGUCGACCGAAUCCACGCCUCUUUUGGCUGGAAGACGGUUUUGCGGCGUUCUGGAAUUCCUUUCCGUUUCUCUGUCUGAGCGCGGAAGACGAGGACGCAGCAGCAGCGAAGAUGAACGCGACUGCUGCCGCGGCGCUGAUGAGUUACCCGCGAGAAAUUCACCGGCGGUCUUGUCUGGUGUCUGUACACCCGACGCAGCGUUCCGCGGGCGGUUCUCAGCCAUUGGGGGAACGCCUCCCCGAUACGUCGCCUGUUCAGGGAGUCUACCUGGGUUGCCUGUUGCAUGCAAUGAGUCGCGGAAUUCGGCGAAGGCUGCGAAUCGAAACGAUUCUCGACCUUUCCUCGGAAGGCCUGCCGGCGACGUGCGGGGCCUGCAACUGCCAGGACUGCGCGACUUCCGGUUGCAGAUCGCGAGCGCGAGGCGCGAGCAGAAACCAGACGCGGGGCGGCGCGGUAGCCGACCAGGACGCAGGCACUCGAAAGGAUGCUUGUUUCGGAGACAGGCAGACGCCGGAAGAAUCCCGCGGUGCCGCCGAGAAGGGAGAGCAGAGCACGGUGAUCUUGGAAAGCGAAGAAACAGUGAGGCCGCUGAGAGUGAUUCGCGCGGUCGAUCUCGUUGGAGGCAGCGGCUCAGCUACACGAGGGAACGCAAAAAACGGGGAAGCAGCUCCAAGUCGAUUUCCGUGCCCAAGCCCAGGAUCGGCCGCUGCAGCGGCCGCCAUUCUCCACUCCUCUCUGCCUCUCGAUUUGUGUGUGGAUGUGAUUCGCGGCGGGCUGGGCGACAUGCCCCUAAACGAUGCUGCAGGCAGGCCGCCGGCGGGCGCAGGGUCUUCCGCGGAAGAGCGAACGAGGCUGGGGGGCGAAGCGCCUCCAGACGAAGAAAGCAGAGCUGGAGAAGCGAGAGGCUCUGUCCUCGUCGUUCACAGCGGUGACCUCCGGAGCGUCAGUGCAGCCAGCACUGUCGUGGCUGCCUUCCUCGCGGCGGAGAACAUGGCAAGCGACUCUUCUCUCUCUCAGAGCAAGACGGUUCCCUCGGCGGGGAGCUGCGACCGGGCGUCGCUGGCCCUCGCACGCCUCAUGCGCCGGUGUCCCGCCACGCGCCUCGAGUCUCAGCACCUUCAGCAGCUUCAGCGGUUCUGCGAGCGGAUGACGAGAGCAGGCCGAGACGGGAGGCAACGCCAGCUGCUGUCGAGUGGCGUUGUAGUGGAGGCGUCCUGGGCGGUCGCGCACGGCCACCGAGAAGAGCGUUCGGCGUCCCUCGCGGAGGAUGGAGGAAGCGGCCUUCACUCUGAAAACGAAAAAGACGAAAACGAAGGCAGGGAAAACACUGGCGGACGAGACGCGGCCGAGGACGCAAGCUCCGAGCUCCGUGCGGCGAGGGACAUGACUUUAGAUCUCUGUCGCCUGCCUUCGGAGCCCGUUUUCCUUGUGCCUCGCACGCCAACUCCCGUUUCUUCCGCCGCGCGUGGCGAAGCAGACGGCGCGGAUGCGUGUGAAAGUGACGCGCUGACUCCGCUCCUGUGGCGAAUCUCGUCGGUUUUCGACAAACGGGGCGUCGUCCAACAGCCAGACUUUCCGAGCAAGAAGGAAGACACGCACACCUCAUCGUCUGCCACCAGUGAGGAUGCAGGUGACGCAACGCAGCGCCUUGUAUGCGGGUUCGCGUCCUUGCUCUCUCGGAUCCAACAGAGCUCGUCUCCAUCUCGCUCGCCCUCUUCCCGGGCAACAUCCACAACUGAAUCCGCUUCACGUGGGUACCCCUGCGCGAACGCGUCGCGUGGUCUCAGCGACGUCGGUUCCUUUUCGUUGACUGAGUGGAACGUGAGGACGCGUCUUUUCGAGCUCGCCGCUGACGCGUGGAGACAAGACAAGACGCCCGCGGAGUCGUCGUUGGAAUCCGAAGUGGCGAUUCCCGUCUCUUCAGCCUGGGACCUCCUAGCAAACUGCGUGGGGUGCUGGGCAGCGAGACUGAUGACGCAGAGCCGAGGCCAGGAAGCAGAACAGGAGGGAGAGCCGGACGGGGCUCGAGCGUCUCGCUUGCCGGCGGCGAGGGCGACCGAAGGAGCUCCAGUGAGUUCACUCGACAGAGUGGCUGUCUCGCAAGGCCUCUGUCAGAUGCUGGAGACUACCUUGCGUCACAGAGCCCCCGACGUGCCGGAGUGCUCGACUGGCGUGGGGGCAUACCUCUUGAAUUUAACACUUUUAAGAAUGGCGCUGGACAGGUCAACGUAUCAAGAGAAAGCCGACGCUGGCGAGCACCGGCGACCAGAAGAAGCAAAGCCAGGAGACCGGCAAGUGUCGAAGAGAGAAGCUGACGAGCAGAAGCGCCUGAAGAAGCUCCUCGUCAGCUUCCUCGUGGAAGUUGCGGGCAGAGAGGCUGCAGCCUUCCUCACUCUCGAGUGCGACGGUUUCUCCGACAGCUCGCAUGCAUCGAGACGCGAAAUUUCCGAAAGUCCACACACAGAGAGGCCCAGCCUGUCUCUAGCUGAACCAGAAGACGGGGAAGAGACUUUGUUGGGACGCCCCACCAGGGGGCUGUGUCUGGCGUUGACGGCGUUGUAUGGCGCGUUCAUAAAGCCCCUUUUUCUCGAUGUAUGCAACGCUGCGCCAGCGAUUCGAGAGAAAUCACGGAGUGGUCGAGGAAACAGAAAGGACAAAGAGGACAAGAGCAAGAAGAGACUGAAAGACUUGUUCAAAACCGAAAGCAUGGCUGCAGUGCUACGGGUGGCAGAAGUCUGGAGCGCCAAGCACCCAACCGAGGGGUUCGAGGCGCUUCAGAUGCUGGAACGGUUCCAGGCAAACGACACCGAAGAAAACGUACCGUGUGCCGAGAGUUUUCCUCUGUCGCUGGGAGUGAUUCUAAGACCUCUUGUGCUCGUUGCUAGUGAGAUAGAGGGAAGCGCAGAAUGA